AUGGUCCGCCUGCGCCUCGAGACCACUCGCACCCUCCCACCAAGGCGACCUGCACCCCUCGCCCUCGCCCCGCGCCGUGGGCUCGCCUCGCUCCCCACCUCGCCGCCGAUCACUUCGACCCGGUUGUUCGCCUCGUCGGUCCUCCUCGCCGGUGCGGGCCUCGGGGCAGGCGUUGGAGCCGUCGCAGGGCACGCAGCCAAACCUCACGGCUCGCCCUCGUCGCGCGCCUUCUGGACGCUCCGCUGCGACGACCAGCCCGCGGCGACCAAGGCGACGGCCACGGGCAAGGGCGGCGCAGGACGAGACGGCGACUGCGGCGACGACAAGGAUCCUGCAUGGCUCGCCAAGCUCAAGUCGCUUCCCAGGCCGACCCUCCCGACCCCUCCUUCCCUCCCCGACUUCCCUUCCCUCCCCGACCUCCCCUUGCCGUCCCUCCGCCUCGCCGACGUUACCGCCACGCUCGAGUCGUGGAAGUCGUCCCUCGCCUCACUGUCGACCACGUUCGCCAAGCUGCAAGACGAGCUCUCGCUCGGGCCCGACUCGACCUACGCCCACAUCGUCGACGAGGGCAAGGACGCGCGCGCCCACCCCGAGCUCCAGUGGGACGCCCAGGUCCGCCUCGGCACCGACCUCCCGAUCAGCGAGCGCGCCUUUCUGCGCAACCGCCGCCAGAAGAUGCGCGCCGCGUUCGCCCGCCUCGUCGACGUCCCCCUCGACGACGUCGACGAGCGCGACCUGCCCACCGUCUCGAUCGCGGCGAGCGGCGGCGGGUACCGCGCCAUGCUCAACACGAUGGCGAGCCUCGAGGCGGCAAAGGAGACGGGCCUGUGGGACGUCGUGACGCACAUCUCGGGCGUCAGCGGGUCGUGCUGGGCCCUCAACACGCUCUACUCGCUCGGCGGCGCCGACAUCAGCUGGACCCUCAAGCACCUGCGCGAGCGCGUCAAGGAGCCGUUCCUCCAGCCCGACACGUUCACCGGCCUCCUCAACGUCGACGACCCCAACUCGCGCGCCAUCCUCGCCGCCACGAUUCUCAAGAAGGCGAGCCAAGGCGGCGACGUUUCGCUCGUCGACGUGUAUGGCGUCCUCGUCUCGACCCGGCUCUACGUCGCCUCGUCGGCGCUCCCGCCCCCGCCUCGGCCGCUCUCGCUCCGCACCAUGAAGACGUCGGCGCAGCGCGACUUUAUCGACGACGGCGGCGCGCCUCUGCCCAUCUACACGACCGUGCGCCACGACAUCCCGCCGCCGUCAGAGCUCGAGAAGCUCGAGAACGAGAACGAGGACAAGGCCAAGGAGAUGGUCCAGAAGGCCGAGUACACCUGGUUCGAGACGACGCCGUUCGAGGUCGGCAGCGACAAGCUCGCGGCCUGGAUCCCGACCUGGGCGCUCGGGCGCGUCUUUGACGGCGGCAAGAGCGCCGAGCGCGUGCCCGAGCUCGGCGUGCCCGUCCUGUCGGGCAUCUACGCAAGCGCGUUCUCGGCGUCGCUCUUCUCGUACUGGUCCGAGAUCCGGCCGCUGCUCGUCGCCAUGCCGCUCUUCGCCAAGAUCGACGACUUUGUCAAGUCGAACGCGUACAAGCUCGACAUUAUCCACCCGCUCCCUCCCGCCGAGCUCCCCAACUUCCUGUACAACCUGCGCACCCUCCCUUCCUCGGUCCCGUCGUCCCUUGCCACCGAGCGCACCCUCGGCUUUGCCGACGCCGGCAUCAACCUCAACCUGCCGUACCUCCCGCUCCUGCGCCGCAGCGCCGACGUCAUCAUCGCGCUCGACGCGAGCGCCGACUCGCAGGACGUGUGGUUCUCGCGUGCGGCCGAGCUCGCGCGCAAGUACGACGCCGUGCCCUCGACGGCGGCCGACGCGCAGCAGCAGCAGGAGGACGGCGUCGAGCAGGCGGGCAGGAGGGAGCGCUCGCGGUGGCCGGCGGUCGACGUCGAGGCGCUCUUCCCCGCGCAGGUCGCCGCGCAGCAGGGCGGCAAGGCCGGCGACGCCAAGGAUGAGAGCAAGGAACACGAGAAGGACGCCCACGCGGCGGCGGCCAAGGUCGACGCGGCCAAGCUGCAGGAGGGCGCGAGCGGCGCCAAGGAGGACGGCGAGAGGAGCGGCGUGCGGGUCGACAACCCGCAGCCUGCGCCCGUCGGGAGCGCGCCCGAGAGUGCGGAGCGUGCGGCGCAUGAGGAUGGAGCGGGUGCGGGCGAGGACAAGCCGAUGCCGAGCAGCCAGGCGAGGGAGCCUCCUCUCGGGCGAUGCAGCAUCUGGAUCGGCUCGACCAACCCCGACCACGCCGCGUCAUGCCGCAACGACCACCCGUCGGUCGACGACGUCCUCGAGCGCAACGGCAUCGCGCUCGCCUACAUCCCGCUCGCGCCCGACGACGAGUUCAAGAACCCGCUCGAGGUCUUUUCGACAUGGGAGUUUGCGUUCAAGGAGGAGGAGACGGACCGCCUCAUCCGGCUCGCAAAGGCCAACUUCAAGGCGGGCGAAGAGCAGCUCAAGACGGUGCUCAAGGGCGUGUGGCUGCGGAAACGGCAGCAGCGUUUGGCGGACGAGGCGCGAGGAGGAUCGGCGGACGGCGCGUCGGAGCCGAGCAGCAGCCUGUAGCAUAGAGCUCUGUCAUUACUACUCUCGAAAGAAUGAUGC